CCAGACUAUUAUCAUCAGCGUGACAAGCUUGUGUUGUGUUGUGUUGUUCGUUACCUAGUUGAUCUUGCCGAUUGAACAUCAUUAAACAGAUUUGAUACAAUCUGAUCAAUCAAGGUUUAUUUUACUAUUCAAAUCAGAAAGCCAUCCGGUAGCGUACUGUGAUCUUUUGUUUCUGGAAGUAACUUUGGAGUUGCUUAAUUCUUCUUGUGGAGAGGAUUGUGAAAAGUUAGUUGUUAUUCACUGUUUAAUUCUGUUUGAUAUAUCAAUAACAAACCUGUAUAAAAUCCAUCAUUAGAAGUUUCAUCAACAAAUCAAGUUGAUUGGACAUUACAAGUCUUGCUUAAAGAUCCGACUACCAUUUACCAUUUAGCCUAAUUUCAACAAGCAUAUCAAUCAUAUUUUACCACAUAAUAUACGUGUUUUCAUACUUUAGUUAACCUAAGAUGUCGGAUUCAGUCAUAGAGAUAGAUAGUCCGAUUGGACAUUCUAAUGGUACCCAGACCAAAACUAAAAUAACAAAUGGUUCUGUGAUAGAGAAGCGCAGUACAACUGUACCACCUGAAAUACCUCAUAUACUGAAUAAUAUAAUACCUUUAUCAAAUAUUCUCAAGUUCUACACUCAAGAGGCAUUCAAACAAUUAAGUACUGUCAUAGAAAAUCUAUCGUCAACCCAAGAUUCUGAAAACGAUUCCACUAGAAAGAAAAAAUUCUUAGAAACAAUAAUUUCUUUAAGGCAAGAUUUUGUAAAGAUUUAUACCCUUGUCAAAUGGUCUGCAAGCUCAAAAGAUGUAUCUAAAUUGAUUGAUUUAUUGAAUUGGUGUAGAAUGCAAGAAUUUCAUUUUGAUCAACUAGCUAUUCAAUUGAAUGGCUUAACAGGUUAUAGUGGAGCCAAAUUACCUAAUUCAGAUCUAAUCACUAGUUUAGAAGUGUUUUUUAAAGGCAGACCCCAAUUACCAUCAUAUAAUUAUAUACCAAUCAAAAAGAUCAGUCCAGAAAAGACGCUAGAGGUUUUAAGUGAUUUGAAUUUAAUUCUAAUAACGAGAUUGGCCUUGAUUGACAUACCGAAGAGAUUAAGUAAUAAUUAUAUCAUUAAAGAUGGAAGAGUCUAUUUUUCAGUUCCAAAUGAAUUUGAAGUAUCAAUCACAGUGGCCAAUGAUCUCAUCAUAGAUACAGAUGAAGAAUAUUACAAGUCACCAUUCUAUUUCAUUGAUUUUAAAUUUUUAUUUGGUAUUAAUCCUGAAACUUCAUUAAUCACUCAUACUGAUAAUAAGAUCGUUACAAAAUUACCUAAAUCAUCCCAUCAAAAACUUGAGAAAACUGUAAAUAAUAUAUUAUUAAAUCAAGGAUUAUAUGGAUUGUAUGAUGUUUUACAUAAAUAUUCAAUUUCGUUUAAAUUAUACUUGAUUGCAAAACAACUAAAGGAAUUAUUAAUCAAUACGAGAUGGAGAAAUAACUUGCAAGUGAAUUAUCAAACUGGUAAGUCAUUAGUAAUUGUAAAUUAUUGGUCUACUCACUUCUUAUCUAAGAAUUGGAGAUCUUUCUUGGAACUUGGAAUUGAUAAGAGUUAUAAUUUAAAUUUUAGAUGGUUUAAGAAUGGGAAAUAUAAUAUUAAUCAAGAAUUGAUCGAUGCACUUAGUUCACAGUUAAAAAAUUCAUCAUCUUCAAGUAAUGAUAAUUCCGAAAACAACGAUAGAUCCUUAUCCCAAUCCGAUAGAAACGAUGAUGACUCACAACAAGACUUGCUUGAAAAUAAUGAAGAACAUGAAGAUUUAAACGUCGAUUUAAUCUUGAAUGUGAUAGUUAACAAACAUUCUGCAUUAAUUAUGGAAAAAGUGUUUAAUAUAUUAGAUGAAAAGUUAAAUACCAUUGAAAACCCAGAUCAAGUUUCAUAUUUGAGUCCUCAACAAUUGUUAUUGAAAUUAUCUCCAAAUAAAUCAACCAUCUUUUGUAUCAAUCCCUUAACUGGAUUCUUCUACUUUAUUGAUCCAAGUCCAUUACAAAAUGUACUCACUAAAAGAAUUAAUUCACCACCUACUGUUGUUAAAAAUAAAAACUUUAUUAGUGAAGCAGAUAUGGUCAAUAAUAUAAUCGAUAAUUUGAUACAAUUAAGAUUAGAAGUAUACAAUAAAGAAAUCAACAAUAAGUUGUUAACUACUGAGUGGAUUAAUAAUGAUAUUAUUGUGUUGGGAGAAUAUGAAGUAUCCAAAUUAUCUAACUUUCUCGUUAAUGGCCUUAACUUUACAAAAGGUAUUCAUAAUAUAAAAUUUUAUCGUCGGAAGAAUUGGCCAUCAAGUUGGUUUUUAAUCAGUUUAAUCAGUGGGAUUUCUUCAACUUCUUAUUGGUGGGUUGCAAGAUUGAAAUCAAUUAGUGGAGAAUGGAAAAUUCAAUGGAUUCAAAAAUUAAAGUUUCAAAAGAAUAAUCAUUAUGUUGAAGAUACUUCUGAGAAUCAAUUGAGUCUUAAUGAUGGAGUUGAACCUUCCUCGUUUAAUUAUGAAUUUUUUAGUAGCUUGUCAACCUCAUGUUCAAAUAUGAUUAUAGAUCAUAUGAUUUUGGAAGAAUUACAAGCUAGAAACAUAAGAUUCUUGAAAACAGAUUCAGUUAAACAAAUUCUUGAAAAGUUCAAUAUUUCUGAAAUUCCUGAAGAUGAAGAAAAGAAGCAUUACAAUGGGGAUCUUAAAUUAGAAGAAAUCAAAGAUAAUGAAGAUGAAGAAGCCGAAGCAGAAAAGACAAAGCCACUCGUAUAUGAAUCAAUAAUCUUGAUCUACAAUCAUAAUGAUUUAUUACCAAUCUAUAAUUCAUCUACCAGUUUAUUUUUAAAGAUCAAAUUAAUUAAUGCGAAUAACGUUACUCAAAUGAAAUUGAAAUUAUUUGGAAAUUUAAGGAAUUUGUCGAUAAAGAAUUCCCCGGAAAGUUUCUUACAAUUGAAUUUAAAGAUUGAUGAAGUUAAGAAUUAUUUUGAGAUUUAUGAUUUGAUUAACUUAUCAAGUAGAUUAAAUGAAACUGGUACAAGAGCUAGUUCCGCUGUUUCAAGCAGUGGUGAUUCUUCUUCCAAUGACUCUAAGAAUGGAUUAUUAGACAAGGUAUUCAAUAAUUUGAAUAAGUUGAACAAGUUAAUUAAGAUUCUUGAUCAAUUAAACAAGGGAAAAAUAAAAGUUGUGGAAAAUACCGUUAAUGAUAUAACAAUCAGCUUACAUGAAAACUUGAAUAAUUUAAUUAUUAAAUUACCUGAAAAAUCAACUGAAGGAAUCCAAAUAGUGAGUGAUCAAAAUCUGAAACGAGAAGUUAGUCCUGAGUUUUCUUUGGUUCUUACUUAUUUGAAUCGUUAUUUAAGUGCUCAUGUUGGAGAUCAAAUCCCUGAAAGUGAGAAUGCAAACAUUGAAGAUGCAGAAGCCAAGGAUAGUGCUUCUAUUAUUGGUAUAAUAGCCUGUGUUAAAGAACUUGAUCCUGUAUUACAAUCAAUUCUUAAGAUUCGAUCUGAUAUUGCCAAAUCAGAAAGUACGUUUAAAAUGGCGAAUGGAUUAUCAAAAUUAAACUUUGAUGUUAAGAUUCCAAAUCUUAAUAACAUUCAAUACAUCUUCUAUUUGUAUUAUGUGACAGUUAAUUCUGCUAAGAAGAUAUUCAAAGAUAAACUUGUUAUCAAUUUAAGUUUUAAACGAAAUAAAUUUGAUGUUAUAAAUAGAAAUUUGAUUAAAAUUUCGUUAAAGGAUAAUCUUAAUUCCAAAAACAUCAAGCAUAAGAAGUUAUUUGAAUUAAUAUUUAAAUCAAUUAAUGAUUAUGAUUUGGAAUAUCAAAGUUCAAAAGAUUCGAAUCCAACUCAAAUCCAUACCCCAUCAUCAGUAUCAUCAAGCAAUGGCGAUUCCAACUCUCGUUUAUUAAUUAAAUUGAAUUAUGACUUUUUGGUUAGUUCAAAUGUGGUGGAAGAGUUAAUGGUUAGAAUCGGCAAUUGUUUCAUUCAAUAUUUACAAGCUGAAACAAGAUAAUUCUACACUGUGUUGUAUUAUAAAUGGUUUGCUUUAAAUGUUAAAGUUUUUACAAACAGAAAACCCCUUCAAAAAAUUAAUAAUAAUAAUAGUUGUUUUAAUAAUGUUUAUAGAUAUAUAUUG